CAGAAAAACCUUUAAAAAACCGACACGAUGAGUACAGCGUGUAAAGUUUCUCUGGCUCUGUUGUGUUUAUUUGCUGUUGCGUCAUUCUUGGUCUUGACAGCUGUGGCGGGCAACAAAACCAAACAAACCUCGAGCAAUAUGGUGAGUCAAUUAACUUUCUGCGCGGGACCAUGCCUUAUACUACAACCGGAACAAAUGAUAGCGCAAAAACUUCAAGAACAGAACUUUGCUUUUUUCGCUAUCCAAUAACUCCUAAAGAGUACUUUUCUGUGAGUAUUUAUCUCUCGGUCGACGUGAAGGAAUGUCUAAACAAUGGAUCGCAUCUUUCAAAAAUCGUGAAAAGCGUGAUAAGGUUACAAAGUUCAGAAAUAAAUGUGUAACUGUUUCAAUUUCAAUUCCGAUAAUUUCGAAAAAACUGUUAGUAACAAUUCAUAAUAAAUGAGGGCAACUAAUACUAAACCCGGAUAUGGGAUAGAUUCCUUUGGAAAAUAGAAUGGUUUCCAUGACUUCAACAAAGUCUCACUCUUUAUCAGCACACAUAAUUUAGAAAGAGGCGUUAGGGAACUUCUUAAAUCCAUCAACAUCAACUAACUUCGUGUUUUGAUUAAAUAUAUCUAACGAUGCUUUAAUGUAAAGUUUCUCCACAACACUUAACACAACAAGCCAAAUAGAGUUGGGAAACGGGAAACGAAGGGGAAAAAAUAUUUUAAGGUUAUCUGCAGACAUUAUGAAAGGCUAGUGGGGGAAAGGAAGGGGGUUUUUCUGUCUACAGGCGGCUAAGCAUCGCCGAGGAGACUAAAUCACUGAGGAAGUUAUUUUGCUCAACGCACAAUAACACUUUUUAAAGUAACUUUUUGGUUAUCUGUCCAGCAAUCUCCUCCAUUCUGCGGGUUUGGUGGUAUUCCAGGCAUGCACGGGUUACCAGGCCGUGACGGACGUGAUGGCCGAGAAGGAGCGAAAGGUGACCCAGGAAGCCCGGGAAAGACUGGGCCUCUGGGACCUGCUGGUGUAAAUGGAAAAGAUGGUGCUAAAGGAGAGCCUGGUGUACAGGGCCCACCAGGUCCAAAAGGAGACCGUGGACAAAGUGGACAUCCUGGGAACCCAGGUCCGAUGCCUUUUAAGAACUGGAAAGAGUGCGCAUGGAAUAAAUUAAACGAUGGCAAAGACAACGGUUUAGUAAAGGUAAAUUUUCAAGAUUUAAAUCUUUUAUUUUGUAUUAAAUGCCAUCGUCAUUUCCACUUUUAUCUCAGCUCCUAUUAUAACCAAAUGAUUUGCUUUUCUACGUUUAUCUCCCCCAUAUAUAGGACUGUGUCUUCACCAAGAACUUUUCUGACACUGCCCUUCACGUUGCCUGGACUGGUGCCCUUAGACUCCAUAAGUGUACAAACUGUUGUAAACGCUGGUACUUCACUUUCAACGGCGCAGAAUGCUCAGCUCCUCUACCUAUUGACGGUGUGGUGUACAUGUGGCAAGGCAACACUCAAGAUCUUCACCGCGUCCGCCAUAUUGAGGGGCACUGCAACAACAUUCACAAAGGAAAGGUGCGCGUGGGAUUCUGGGUUGGUAACUGUCCACAUGGAUCCGGAAGUGGUGGUGACGCCUAUACAGGCUGGCAAUCUGUGUCCCGGAUCUUCAUUGAAGAAGUUCCAAGGGCUCAGGCCUAAAUGCAGAGACAAAACAUCCAUCCUGCUAAGAUAAACACUAUCGCUUCCAGCCAGUUCUACAGAUUACUAGGAGGUCGAUUAUUGUAAUGGUAAUGGAAUGAUAACAUUAAAAGUUGCAGGAUGCUUUGCAAGUGCGUGUUUGUGUUCUUUUUUUUUCUUUUUUAAUCCCCUCUGAUUUGGAGUCUUUCGCAAAUUAAUAGUCCUUCACGUUUUCAAUCCUUUAAAUUACCACUUUUUGAAUUCUCAUUUGAUAAGUGAAAAAGUCAUCUUGAUUUAUAAACAAAUUUCAUAAGAGAACGUAAUAUUGCAUUGUCUAGAAUGAAUGUUGAUGUGAGAAGUUCAAAGAAAAGUUAUCCAUUCACAAUCGUAAUUUUUCCCUGUUGCUGUUGAGCAAUAAAAAGGGAAUAUAUGCGUAUAGUUGACCCUCGUUACAGUUUUUGAAUGGAACCUUUAAAGACGCGCGCAGUUGAUAUGUCGGGUUAAAUUUUAAGAUACAAAAGAGAUAAUCUUUUUUCAAACGUUUGAAAAGGUCUGUCAGUCGCUAGCUACUGCCACUUGAUUCUCUUAUGGUCCUUUUUGUAUUGCAAGAAAUUAUGAUAACGACGGUAUUCCCAACUCAGGGAUCCACAUCCUCGUUCCCAGGGAGAGAGAACCUGGGAACAAGGUUGAUAGAUCCAUUUCUCGAAGUCCCAAAAACGUUACAGAUCCAAAGCCAAAAUAUUGAAAACAAUCUAAAGAACAAAGCGCAGGCCCUGGCAAACAAACCAGUCCAAAUGUUUUGUAAACUGACAGUUAUCUGAGAGACUGUUCAAACCUAUAUCUUGACCGAUAGAUAAAACAGCUUUUCGGGGCCAGUAAUUAAUUGGACUUUCGAAAAACGGGUCCAAGAACCUAUUUGAGUGCGAUGCUCUUUCGAGUUAAUACGCCAUACUGAUGCUGUCAUGAUUACCUAGAAUGCAAUGAAUGACAAGACCUUAAGUUGCAGUGGCUCUGUUAGACCUUUUUAAUCUUCGCUAAGAAUAUUUUCUCUCUUUUGUAUCCUAAAAUGCAACCCAGAAUAGUCAACUGACUAGAAUUUUACGUACACGAUAUCUACAAUGGAAAACCACCAUGACUGGACAAAUGUAAGCAGAAAGAAAUUUGAUGUGCUCCUAUAAGCAAUUUUGGAUAGUCUUCCAUUUUCACCAUGACCACCGGUUAAGAGUCCUUUCUGACGCGUAUGAAGGAGAAGAGAUACCCUGGAAAGGAGCUUGCAACACAAUUUGUCACAUGAAAAUUGUCUCUUGUUUGCUAAUGUGCUGAUUUGUAGGCGUCACCAUAAUAGAUGACUCGUUCAACCCACCGUCAUUGAAUAUAUAAAAUUUAUUGAAACUAUCGAGUGUCUGUUCACAUGAGUCGUAAACUUUACAAACUCAGAUUAUUUCGACCAAACUCCCGAGUUAUAUUAUUUUGAUUUCAAUUGUAAAUGCUCAUGCAAAGGGUUCAUAUAUCAAGAGUAUUUUUCAUUUUAAUUUGAAACUUUUAAACAAUGUGCACUAUAUGUUAACUGCAAGAGUUCCAAAGCCUUGUUUACAAACGAACACUGAACGGGACAAUUAAAGGGAUUUCUAGUCAAAAGUAUUGUUUUCGUUUAGUGCGCCAUUUUUCUUAAAUAUCUAGCCAAGAUUUUAUUCAAUAAAAAAAAAACUUCAUGAAGUUGGAGUCUUUAGUUCCCUUAUUUUGAGAAUGUUUGGAUUUUCUUUCGAAUGUUUUCCUGAAUAAAUAUAAAAUAGGGAGGUUCUAUUUAAAAUUUUGGGAAAUUGGAAAAUAUUGGAUUUGGGGAUCUUAUUAAAAGAACUAAAACAUGAAGUGAAUAAUUAGUAAACAAAUACCAGAUACUCAACCACCACCACAAGGUGCCUCUGAGCCCAUUAGCAGACUAGCUGGCUUAUGUUUUCUACCCUAAAUUAUUUAUUUUCCAAAUCAACAUCAUUUCCCCCCAAAAAAAAACAACCAGGAUCCCACCUUAACGAAAAGGUACCCUUUCUCCUCUCUUGCUCCUAUAUCUGUAUCAUGCCUCCUUUUUUAAAGAAGCCAACAUCUUUUUGUAAUGGAGUGCCCGGCAUACCAGGUACACCUGGGAUACCGGGUCAUGACGGACCGGAUGGCCGUGACGGGGCGAAAGGUGACCAAGGAAUGCUAGGAAAUACUGGACCCCUGGGUCCUCCUGGCCCUACUGGUGCAAACGGUGCUAAGAGGAGCAAGGUGCCCCCGAUCCAUAGGGGGAGUGUGGAUGAAGUGGAAUGCUGGCUAACAGGAACUGGAGAGAGUGUGCUUGGAAAAACUUAG